GGCACGCGAGCGGAGCGGGAGUUGCGGCCAUGGUGGGACAAGCAUUUAGGAAGUUUCUGCCUCUCUUUGACUGGGUGCUGGUGGAAAGGAGUGCCACGGAAACCAUCACCAAAGCAGGCAUUACGCUCCCGGAGAAGUCUCAAGGGAAAGUGUUGCAGGUGACAGUAGUGGCUGUGGGAUCGGGUUCUAAAGGAAAGGGUGGAGAGAUUCAGCCAGUUAGUGUGAAAGGUGGAGAUAAAGUUCUUCUUCCAGAAUAUGGAGGCACCAAAGUAGUUCUAAAUGACAAGGAUUAUUUUCUAUUUCGAGAUGGUGACAUUCUUGGGAAAUACGUAGAUUCAAAUCUAUUGAAAUGACAUCACAUGAAGCUGCCCAUUCCACGGACGUUCUGAAAUCUUUCAUCAUGUAAAUAACUUCCGUGUCUUUUUUAUAAUAAACUAAUGCUGUCUAAUGA